AUGUCGACCUCGGCCGCCGGCGCCGGGCCCUCGAGGUCCAAUGGCAGCAGCGAUGCCGACUCUGCGAAGCUGGCGGUGCUCAAGGAGCUGCUGUACGAGCGGUGCCGGGAAGAGGGCGACAUGUUCUCGCAGGACGACCUGCUGCGCAUGGAGGUGAUUCCGAACCGCGACCUGCUGCUGCUAGCGCGGGUCGUGCAGUCGCUCAGCGACGACAAGCUCUUCAUCACCAUGAGGGAGGCGUCGGGCCAGGUGCUGUGGAAGUGGCGCGACAAGCAGGAGGCACACAAAUACAAGCAGUGCACCACAGACGAGCAAGUCAUGGUGUACUCGCUCAUCGACGACUCCGGCGGCGACGGCAUAUGGACGCAGACCCUGCAGAAGCGCCUCAACAUGCACGACUCGGUCCUCAAGAACGCAAUCAAGCAGCUGCAGGCAAAGGGCCUCAUCGCGCCCUUCAAGAACGUCGAGCACCCCAACAAGAAGAUGUACAUCAAGGCGUCCAUCCGGCCCAGCGACCGCGCCACGGGGGGGCCCUGGUACACCGACCAGGACCUCGACGAGGCCUUCAUCGAGGACCUGCAGCGCGUCGUUUUUGAUUUUAUCAAGCGGCAGAGCAGCUACCACAGCACGCACGCUGGGGCUGCAAAGGCCGCCCACGGGCACGCGCAGGUGCCCAAGAAGGGCAUCAUCAAGGGCGGCCUGAGCGAUGCAGCGGCAAAGGGCAAGAAGCGCGAUGCCACCGAGAUGGAGGCAAAGCCCGUCGCUCCCACAACAGCAGCCAAGAACCCGCUCGCCGUCUCAUCAUCAACGGCCGCAGCAUCCCGCAGAGAACCCGCCCUGCUUCCAUUACCAGCCGGCUACAUGGCCUACCCGACCGUCCGCGACAUCGCCCGCCUUCUCUCCUCCAGCGGCAUCACUAAUAACACUAUCCUGUCCGAGGGUGACGUCAAGAAGCUCGUCGACGUGCUCGUCUGGGACAACCUCGUCGAGCCCAUCAAGGUCGCCGGCAAGGUCGGCUACCGCGUGUCCCGCAUCGCCAAGCAGUCCGUCGAGAGCUGGGCCGGCCGCGAAGACCCCUCCGGCCGCAGCGGAGGCCCCGAGCUGUACAUCAGCCCGCUGACCGAGGCCCCCUGCGGCCGGUGCCCCGUCUUUGAUCUCUGCGAGGAGGGCGGCCCCGUGGGACCCAGCAACUGCGAGUAUUUCAAAAAGUGGCUAGGGAAGGAGAUUUUCUAA